CGAAUUAUCCACUAGCCACCGCUUUCGUCCAUCAUUGGCCAACGUAGCUCUUCGCCUAGCCACCACAAGUAUGCGCGUGCUGCGUCCGACUCGGCUGGCCCUGCGGCGUCUACGCGCUCAGACCGAUCGCCAGCAGCGUCUGCAGCUUCUCGUUCGCGCCUUCAGCGACGCUACAGACCCUGCGAAGCGUCCUCUGGGUGGCUCCAUAGCUCCGUCCACCUCAGCCGCGUCUACACCACAUGUCAAUGGCUUCCACAAUGGCAGCAGUGAGCACACGCAGUCCGAGACGCUGCAAUUUCUUGCGUCAUACCAUGAAGAUGAGCAACAUCAGCAGCAGGACGUGGAGUUCACGGCGCAACGCAUUGGCUUUCCCAUCAGCGAGGCAGAGUACAAGGAGCGCAGCGAAUACCAGGAAGACGACAGCAUCCGUGAGGAAUCCAGAGCUGAAGCGACAGCCAAAGCCGAGCGAAUCAUGGCUGUAUUGCGUCAUUCAAUGUCGGAGCUGGAGAUUGGCAAGGUUAUCCACCGUAUUGCCCAGUACGCGACGCUCCCGCGCGUCACUGGCCUCUCAAGGAAGCAGUUCUUGCGCUCUUUGGAGACACGAUUUGGAGAGAAUAACAAGAAGGAGUUCGGCUACAUGCUCGCCUUCCUACAGGGCAGAGACGACGUCAUUGACCAGCUCGAAAUUGACUCUCGAAUGGGCGGCGAGGCAAUCGAGGAGAACACGGACGUUAGCAACGAGACAGAAGCUACUACAGAGGACUUUGUGGUGCCCCAGAUCAUGGGAUUGCACCCAGAUUUGGUAGCUGACCCAAAAUUUGUGAGCAUCGUGUUCUGCUACUGUCGAUUGGCGUGUCUAAACUCGCUCAAGCUCAUGCAGCGCCCCGCCGCAGGGUUUAACCGUGGCUCCAAGUCCAGUUUAUGGCAGGUUAAGGCUGAUUUCCGCAAGGUGCUGGACAUGGAGGGAUAUGCGCAUUACGCUGACAUGCUGGGAUUGGACAAACAGUCUCCGAAGGACGAGCACGAGGAUAUCGACGCUGUCGACGCUGAGUGGGAGGAAUUCAACCUGGAAAACGAUCGUAUUGACUUCCGUAUGCUACUGUCACAGACUCAAGGUAUUGUGGACUUUAUGAAGACCGAGCUGUCGAAUGAAACGAUCUCCAAGAUGCUCGUGGCGAUGCUGGCGUCGGUCAAGACUUCCAAGCUGCACCGUAAGAUCUUCCAGGAAAUGGUGUGCAAUAUCCAGACGGCGUUCCCAGAUAUGUACCACGAACAGCUUCUAUCGGAGCUUGUGCCGUUUCUAUCGGGUGAUAACGCCACGUACGAGGACUUUGACUCGGAAGUAGCGACGACUGCGCUGCAACACCAUCAGAUGCGAAACGAGGCUAUUAUUCGAGCUUUACUGGAGACACGUAUGCGUGUGGGUCACAUUCUGAUCAACGAUAUCGACGAAGUGGAGCCGACUCAAUCGAUUUCCAAGAAAUUGACUCCAGAACAGCAUGAGAAGGUCAUUACGACGGCGUGGAACAUCGUGUCGGUGCUGGACGACCGCAAGUAUCACAUGUUCUUCACUCGCUUCCUCAAGUACAAGCUGGCAUGGCGACCGAACCGCACCACGUUCGGAGAGACGUUCCUGUUGGAUGUGCGUAAGACGCUCGGUCCUCGUGAUGCAGAGGCCAUCAUGCCCAUGUUCGAGGAAGUGUAUCAACAAUUGUCAGUGGAGACACUUACGAUCUGCCGCGUCAAGUUGCGUCACUCCAGGAAGCUGUUGCGUGGUCGAGGUGUAUUGGAGCCGUUGAAUGACGCUGGGCGCGAGCGUCUGGAGACCGCGUGGCAGUCUUCACACUGCGCGUUCUACCGUAAUCUACCGCACGGUGUGACCAAGAAACACUUAGAGAACGCGCUGGCUCAUGUGGGAGGCGUCAAGCGCUUCUUCCUGUUUUCUAAUCCCAUUAAUGGCCCACCCGAGUCGCCAGAUGAAGAAAUGGAUGAUGAAGAGGAUGACGAAGAAGAUGAACAAGAAGAAGACGAAGAAGAAGUAGAGGAUGACGAGAAGCCCAAGAAGAAGAAGAAAAAAGCCAAAAGGACCAAAUCGGACGACGCUCUGCCUAAGGGCAGGGAACUCAAGGACAUGAAGAUGUCCAAGUACAAGCAAAAGAUUAUUGCGAGCGACAAGAAGACUCCGUACCAAGCUGUGGUGGAGUUUGACUCGGAAAGCGCCUGUCGUAAGGCGACGAUGCGCGCGUUGCAGAUCUUUGGCGUGAUGAUGGCCGGCUGGAAAGAGUAUCGUCCGGUCUUCUCGUCUUCAGUGGACAAGCACUCGGGCGUCACCCUUAUGAACGUCCCGUACGGUGCGACAGUCGGAGAAUUGGUGCAUCAGGUGAAUGGAAUCCUCACUAAGGCUGGUCUGAACAUGAAUGUGUCUGGCUUGGUGCCUCGUGGCGUAAUGGUCACUAACGGGCGCUUGGAUCUGCGCUUCCCGUCGUUCGUGGAGGCUGCACAAGUGAUUGAGUUGCUGAAUGACCAUGUGAGCAAGAUGAAGUGUCGUCGGGAUCGUUCAAAGAGAGAGGCGGUGCUGUUUAGCGAAUACGAGAAGCUCAAGAAGACUUUGAAGAAGAACGAAGAGAAGGAGAGGAAAAAAGAGGAAGAGGAGCAGUUAGCACGUGAGGAAGAAGAAGUUCAAGAUGAAGAAGAUCCCUUGUGCUUUGGCGUGGAUGAAGACGACGACGAUGAAGACAAUGAUGAAGAGGAAGAAGAAAGCGACAAGAAGAAAAAGAACGUCAUGGAAGUGUCAGAAACCCUCGAGGAAUACUUCGCCGAGUGGCUCGAGGCAGAGGAGAAUAUGACCGACGAGCAACGUGCUCUCAGCGAGGUGCCUCGUCCAUUCGACGUCACGUGGACGCCACUGCCCAAGCCCAGGAACAAACACAUGUACCUUUAACCUGCCAAAACCCAUAGACACCACAGUGAUAGCAGGCCUUAAGCACAUUUUGUGAAUAGAUACUUAGACACAUCUUAUCGCCAAGAAAUGCAUUUAAAUAUUGGCUCAGAAGAGCAGCAGAUCC